CGCCGGGGUCUGAGUGCGGCGGGCGUCGCUGUCCCUCAGCAUCCCGGCACGGCAUCUCCACGCCCGCCCCCUGCCCGAGGGGCGGGACUGAGCACGCUGGUACCCAGAGCCGGCGCGCGGGUGGCCGCGGUGCGCCCCCGCGGGAGUGGACACCCCCGGGCUGCGGUGCCAUGCCGGCUGGAGAGCGCCGAGGCGGGAGCCGCUGAGUGAUCACCCAGCAGCCUCCGCCCCCGCCACCGCCUCAGGGAAGCUAGGCACUCGCUCUGGAGCCAAGAUGAAGGAGAUUUGCAGGAUCUGUGCCCGGGAGCUGUGUGGAAACCAGCGGCGCUGGAUCUUCCACACGGCGUCCAAGCUCAACCUCCAGGUUUUGCUCUCUCACGUCCUCGGCAAGGAUGUCUCCCGCGAUGGCAAGGCCGAAUUUGCUUGCAGCAAGUGUGCUUUCAUGCUUGAUCGGAUUUAUAGGUUCGACACGGUUAUUGCCCGGAUCGAAGCCCUUUCCAUCGAACGCUUGCAGAAGCUGCUCCUGGAGAAGGAUCGCCUCAAGUUCUGCAUCGCCAGCAUGUAUAGGAAGAACAACGACGACUGCGGUGCGGAGGUCAAGACGGGGAACGGCACGGUUGACAUUUCCGGCUUGCCUGAUGCGAGAUACUCUGCCCUGCUCCAGGAAGACUUCGCCUAUUCGGGCUUCGAGUGCUGGCUGGACAGUGAAGAUCAGCUCCACGAGCCGCACAGCUGCCAUGCAUCCGAAGGCCCUGGCAACCGACCCAGGCGGUGCCGUGGCUGCGCAGCAUUGCGUGUGGCUGAUGCCGACUAUGAGGCCAUUUGCAAAGUGCCUCGAAAGGUGGCCAGAAGCAUCUCCUGUGGCCCUUCUAGCCGUUGGUCGACCAGCAUUUGCACUGAAGAACCAGCCUUGUCAGAGGUCGGGCCCCCGGACUCCGCGAGCACAAAGGUACCCCCGGAUGGAGAAAGCAUGGAGGAAGGGACGCCGGGUUCGUCGGUGGAAUCUCUGGAUGCGAGUGUCCAGGCUAGUCCUCCGCAACAGAAGGAGGAGGAGACGGAGAGGAGCGCGAAGUGUGACUGCUGUGCGGACGAGCAAGCUGUACAGCCUGUGUGCAGUCACAAGCUGGAGCUAGCUCUGAGCACCAUCAGAGGUCUUGAUUAUAAGCCCAUCCGAAGCCCCCGUGGAAGCAAGCUCCCCGUGCCGGUGAGGUCCAGCCCACCUGGAGCCAAGCCUGGCCAGAUGGUCACAGACGGCGUUAGUUCCGGCUUCCUUAACCGGUCCUUGAAACCCUUUUAUAAGACACCUAUAGGGUACUCCUUGGAGAUUUCAGAGCUGCAGGAGCUGUGGGAGGAUCUCUGUGAAGAGUAUUUGCCCCUUCGGUUCCAGCCCAUGACUGAAGAAUUACUCAGACAACAAAAGGUGAAUUCCAAUGAGACCACUGUAAGUCAACAGUCUGUGCCUGAUUCCCACUUGGCAGAACUUCAGGAAAAAAUCCAACAAACCGAGGCCACCAACAAGAUUCUUCAAGAGACACUGAAUGAAAUGAACCAUGAACUGAAGUCUGCUCAGGAGUCAUCGCAGAAACAAGAUAGUACCAUUCAAAACCUCAGGGAAACUCUGAAAAGCAGGGAAAACGAGACUGAGGAGCUGUACCAGGUGAUUGAAAGUCAAAAUGACACCAUGGCAAAGCUUCGAGAAAUGCUACACCAGAGCCAAGUUGGACAACUUCAGAGUUCAGAGGGUACUGCACCAGCUCAGCAGCAGGUGGCUCUGCUCGAUCUUCAGAGUGCUCUGUUCUGCAGUCAGCUUGAAAUACAGAAGCUCCAGAGGGCAGUACGACAGAAGGAGCGCCAGCUGGCCGACGCCAGGCGGUGUGCACAGUUUGUAGAAGCUGUAGCACAAGAGAGAGAACAGCAGAAGGAAGCUGCUUGGAAACAUAACCAGGAAUUGCGAAAAGCCUUGCAGCAGCUGCAGGGAGAUGUGCAGAAUAAAAGCCACCAACUUCGCACCCUGGAGAUUGAAAAAUGCAAUGAAAUACGAACUCAGGAACAACACAUCCAACACCUAAACCACAGUCUGAACCACAAAGAUCAGCUACUUCAGGAAUUUCAGGAGCUCCUGCAGUAUCGAGAGAACUCAGACAAAACCCUUGAAACAAACGAGCUGCUGCUUGAGAAACUUCGGCAACGGAUACAAGAUCGGGCAGUUGCUCUAGAGCGGGCUAUUGAUGAAAAGUUCUCCGCCCUAGAGGAGAAAGAACGAGAACUGCGACAGCUUCGCCUCGCCGUGCGGGAGCGAGACCAUGACUUAGAGCGGCUGCGCGGCGUCCUCUCCUCCAACGAAGCUACCAUGCAGAGUAUGGAGAGUCUCCUGAGAGCCAAGGGCCUGGAAGUGGAGCAGUUAACUACGACCUGUCAGAACCUCCAGUGGCUGAAAGAAGAAAUGGAAACCAAAUUUAGCUGUUGGCAGAAGGAACAAGAGAGUAUCAUUCAGCAGUUACAGACUUCUUUACAUGACAGGAACAAGGAAGUAGAGGAUCUUAGUGCAACAUUGCUCUGCAAACUUGGACCAGGGCAAAGUGAAGUAGCUGAGGAGCUGCGUCAGCGUCUACAGCGCAAGGAGAGGAUGCUGCAGGACCUCCUAAGUGAUCGGAACAAACAAGCGGUGGAGCAUGAAAUGGAGAUUCAGAGCCUGCUCCAGUCCGUGAGCACCAGGGAGCAGGAGAGCCAAGCUGCCGCAGAAAAGAUGGUACAAGCCCUAAUGGAAAGAAAUUCAGAGUUACAGGCCCUGCGCCAGUAUCUAGGAGGGAAAGAGUGCAUGAUGUCCCAAGCAUUCGGUUCUCACCAACAAGCUGAAGUUGCCUCCAGUGGCCCUCUACUUGCAGAGCAGACUGAGCAAGGUUCACUGCAUGUAUCAUCCAGAGAUGGUAGCACAUCAUUGACUGCCAAAGAGGAUGCCAGCAUACCCAGGUCCAUGCUAAGAGACUUGGACACUAUUGCAGGAUUGGAAAAAGAGCUAAGUAAUGCCAAAGAAGAGCUUGAACUCAUGGCUAAAAAAGAGAGAGAGAGCCACAUGGAGCUUUCCGCUCUACAGACCAUGAUGGCUGCACAGGAGGAGGAGCUGCAGGUGCAGGCUGCCGAUCUGGAGUCCCUCACUAGGAACAUACAGAUCAAAGAAGAUCUCAUAAAGGACCUGCAAAUGCAACUGGUUGAUCCUGAAGACAUACCAGCUAUGGAACGCCUGACCCAAGAAGUCUUACUUCUUCGGGAAAAAGUUGCUUCUGUGGAAUCCCAGGGUCAAGACAUCUCAGGAAACCGAAGACAACAGUUGCUGCUGAUGCUAGAAGGCCUGGUAGAUGAACGGAGUCGGCUCAAUGAGGCCUUGCAAGCAGAGAGGCAGCUCUAUAGCAGUCUGGUGAAGUUCCAUGCCCAUCCAGAGAACUCUGAAAGAGACCGAACUCUGCAGGUGGAACUGGAAGGGGCCCAGGUGUUACGCAGUCGACUAGAAGAAGUUCUUGGAAGAAGCCUGGAGCGCUUAAGCAGGCUGGAGACGCUGGCCGCCAUUGGAGGUUCAGCUGCAGGAGAUGACACUGAAGAUACAAGCACCGAGUUCACGGACAGUAUUGAGGAGGAAGCUGCUCACAGGAGCCACCAGCAACUCAUCAAGGUGGCUUUGGAAAAAAGCCUGGCAGCUGUGGACACCCCGGAUGUCUCUCUUUCCUCCCCUUCCCCAGUCGGAGGGGACAGUAACAGGUGUCUGCAGGAAGAAAUGCUCCACCUGAGGGCUGAGGUUCAUCAGCACCUGGAAGAGAAGAGGAAAGCAGAGGGGGAGCUGAAGGAGCUAAAGGCUCAAAUUGAGGAAGCAGGAUUCUCCUCUGUGUCUCACAUCAGGAACACCAUGCUGAGCCUUUGCCUGGAGAACGCAGAACUGAAAGAGCAGGUGGGAGAAGCAAUGUCUGAUGGAUGGGAGAUAGACGAUGACAAGGAGAAGGGCGAGGUGAUGGUGGAGACUGGAGUCGCCAAAGGGGGUCCCAGUGACAGUAACCUUCAGUCUGAGUUCCGAAAGCUCCAGGGAAAACUGAAGAAUGCCCACCAUAUUAUCAGCCUCCUCAAGGAACAGCUAGUGCUGAACAGCAAGGAAGGGAAGAACAAACCAACUCCUGAGCUGCUGGGGCAUCAUGACAAGGAGAUCGGCGAAAGGAACUCUGGACUGUCUUGUUCUGCUGAAAAGCACCAGUGCCAAGAGGAGGGCGUUGUGAGCGUGAGGCCCUACCCCAGACCCCAGAGCCUUGACCUUGGAACUGUCCUCCCCGUGGAUGCCCAUCAACUGAAUAAUAAACCCCAGAUCUGGGAUGCUGUGCCACAGUCAGAACUCAGCCUUUCAGGCUCCACCAAGCACCUUCGCUCCCAACUGGCACAAUGUAAACAACGCUACCAAGAUCUCCAAGAGAAGCUGCUGAUCUCAGAAGCCACUGUCUUCGCCCAGGCGAACCAGCUGGAGAAAUACAGAGUCGUAUUUGCAGGUGAAUCCUUGGUGAAGCAGGACAGCAAGCAGGUCCAAGUGGACCUGCAGGACCUGGGCUAUGAGACUUGUGGCCGAAGUGAGAAUGAAGCCGAGCGGGAGGAGACCACAAGCCCUGAGUGUGAGGAGCAUAACAGCCUUAAGGAAAUCCUCAUGGAGGAGACAUGCUCUGGGAAGGGACGCCUGGGUCCCCCACUGGCCAGCUGCCCUGGGAGGAAGCAGCAGGAAUUCCAGGCUCAGGGGCAAGCAGAGGAUAUCUCAGCCCUGCAGAAAGACAUCGCGGAUCUGAAAGCCCAGCUGCAGAGUGCCAACAAGGUCAUCCAAAGCCUCAAGAGCCGGGUCCGAUCACUGUCCGUUACAAGCGAUUACUCAUCGAGCCUGGAAAGACCCCGGAAGCUGAGGGCUAUUGGCGCCCUUGAAGGAUCUUCACCUCGUAGUGUCACUGAUGAGGAUGAGGGCUGGCUGUCCGAUGGCACUGGGGCUUUCUACCCACCAGGGAUUCAGGCCAAAAAGGAUCUGGAACGACUCAUCCAGAGGGUGGCACAGCUGGAGGCACAGCUGCCCAAGACCGGCCUGGAAGGGAGACUGGCUGAGGAGCUGAGGUCGGCCUCUUGGCCAGGGAAAUAUGAUUCCCUGAUUCAGGAUCAGGCCCGAGAACUCUCCUACCUUCGGCAAAAAAUUCGAGAAGGGAGAGGCAUCUGUUACCUUCUCAUCCAGCAUGCAAAAGAUACCGUCAAGUCUUUUGAAGACCUCCUAAGGAGCAAUGACAUUGACUACUACCUGGGGCAGAGCUUCCGGGAGCAGCUUGCCCAGGGAAGCCAGCUGACAGAGAGGCUCACCAGUAAACUCAGCACCAAGGAUCAUAACAAUGAGAAAGAACAAGCUGAACUCGAGCCACUGGCCCUCAGGCUCAGCAGGGAGCUGCAGGAGAAGGAAAAAGUGAUUGAAGUGCUGCAGGCCAAGCUGGACGCCCGGUCUGUCUCGCCCCCCAGCAGCCAUGCCUUGUCCGACUCUCAUCGUUCUCCCAGCAGCACCUCCUUCCUGUCUGAUGAGCUGGAAGCCUGCUCAGACAUGGAUAUUACUAGCGAAUACACACAUUAUGAAGAGAAGAAAGCUUCACCCAAUCACUCAGAUUCCAUCCAUCAUUCAAGUCAUUCUGCUUCAUUGUCUUCUAAACCAUCAGCCACCAGUGCAUCUCAGGGGUUUAAGGCCGAAUCCAGCAGCAACCCUAUCAGCUUGGCAACUCCCCAGAGUCCCCCAAAGGAGGCCAGCCAGGCCCAGCCAGGCUUCUGUUUUAACUCCAUGCCCAAGUUGGCUAGCCUCCCCCAGGCACCACUGCCCUCAGCUCCAUCCAGCUUCCUGCCUCUCAGCCCCCUUGGCCCUUCCCUCGGCUGCUGUGAGACACCGGUGCUCUCUUUGGCUGAGGCUCAACAGGAGCUGCAGAUGCUUCAGAAACAGCUGGGAGAAAGUGUUAGCACUGUCCCACCUUCCUCCAGAGCUGCAUUGCCAAGCAACCAUUUGGAUGCCAGCUCUUCCCUCUUCCUCAGCCCUGCUCAGCCCCAGUCUCCUGCAAGGAGCACCAUAGAGCUGGGCAGAAUCCUGGAACCUGGGUACCUGGGCAGCUGUGGCCAGUGGGACAUGAUGAGACCUCAGAAGGGGAGUAUGUCUGGGGACCUGUCCUCAGGCUCCUCUUUAUUCCAGCUUCACUCCAAACCCACAGGGGCUGAUCUGCUGGAAGAACAUCUUGGUGAAAUUCGGAACCUACGCCAGCGUCUGGAGGAGUCCAUCUGCAUCAAUGACCGCUUGCGGGAGCAGCUGGAACACAGGCUUAGCUCCACCGCCCGUGGCAGUGGAUCCACCUCUAAUUUCUGUGGCCAAGGCCUGGAAUCCAUUCCUCAGCUCUACAAUGAGAACAAAGUCCUCAGGGAAGAAAAUCGGAGCCUUCAGGCCCAGCUGAGCCAUGUGUCUAGAGAGCACUCCCAGGAAACAGAAUGCCUGAGGGAGGCUCUGCUGUCCUCCCGAUCCCGACUGCAAGAGCUGGAGAAGGAGCUGGAGCACCAGAAAGUGGAGAGGCAGCAGCUCUUGGGAGACCUGCGGGAGAAGCAGCAAGAGAUCUUGCAUUUCAGGGAGGAGCGUCUGUCCCUGCAGGAAAAGGACUCCAGGCUGCAGCACAAACUGGUCCUCCUGCAGCAGCAGUGUGAGGAGAAGCAGCAGCUCUUUCAGAGCCUCCAGUCGGAGCUACAGAUCUACGAAGCACUUCAUGGCAAUUCUAAGAGGGGGCUGAAAGCUUUUGGUCUGGAUGCCUGCCACCAGGCCCCUUUGAGCAAUGACUUGAGUUGCCUGGUGGCAGAGAUCCGAGUUCUGAGAGGGCAGCUGGAGCAAAGCAUCCAGGUGAACAACUGUCUGCGACUGCAGCUGGAGCUGCAAUUGGAGGGUGGUGUCAGCAAAGCCAGCCCUGGUGCCUCCUCCGUGAGCCAGAGCUUCACCACCAGCACUGACCCUGGAAAAAAGCAGCCCAUCUUCCAAGACUCAGCUGCUUCCCCUCCAGUUCGGGAUGUUGGCAUGAAUCCCCCAGUCAUGGACUUCCCCAGCUCCUCUUCCUCCGCUCCUGGCUCAGAAACUGUCGUCUUCAGUAGGAGAGAUGAGCUGAGUUUGUGUACUUCUCCUUUAAGGAAGGACCCUCCCAAGCUGGAGGGUGAUGCUACUGAUGGCUGUUUUGCCAAUAAGCAUGGUCGCCACGUUAUUGGUCACAUUGAUGACUAUAGUGCCCUCAGGCAGCAAAUUGAGGAGGGCAAAUUGCAGGUGGCGAAGGUAGCAGCUCUCCUGAGGUCAGCAUGCGACUUCCCUGGCCUGGAAGCCCAGGCCACCGAGGUGCUGGACUGCAAAGGCCUCCUCAAGCUUCAGAGCAGCACCAGUGCCCUGCACCAGACCCUGCAGGAGGCAGCCUCACUCCUGGCCAUGUUCUGGCGGGCGGCCUUGCCAAACUCCCACAGCCCCGUGCUGCUGGGCAAAGCGGGGGAGUUGGUGGAAAGAGAGCUCGUGGAGUUGAGAGCCCGAGUCUCCGAGCAGCAGAGGCUGCUUCAGGGCACAGCGGAGCGGCUGCGGACCGCCAACCAGCAGAGGGAGAACCUGGAGCAGUUCAUUGUCAGCCAGCUAACCAGGACGCAUGAUGUUUUGAAGAAGGCAAAGACUAAUUUGGAGCACAGCCCUCACAAGAUUGCCUCUGUAAAGCCUUCCUCCCGUCCCAGCCAAGGUGAAAUCCCAAAGGAUGCUGUUGUGUGCUCCAGCUUUGUGACCCUUACCUUCCAGGAACCACGCAGGAAGCACAUCCAAAGGAGAUCUCUGAACCAGCCAGGAGAAUGGGCCUGUGCCCUGUAGCUCCACUGCCUUCUUGCUGAAGAGGAGCUGAGCCCUAUUGCUCCAAACCCACUGCAGGGUCAGGAGAAGAGCUCCAAGGAGUCAUGGAGGGGGCAGGGAGGAAGGCAGAGUGCCUUCCUGGCAGUGGAAGACCACCACUAGCCAAGAUCUGCCAGUCCCAGCAAGAAGCCAAACACGCAGAGAGGAAGGACCCUGUGACACUGCUUGUGAGCAGCCCACUGGCGUAGGAGUGGCCACAGCACGAUUCUCACCUAUGCAGCUGCUCCCAAUUGGCCAACUCAAGACAAGUAGGACUGAGCUGCCUGCAGACAGGACGUGUGGUCCCCAUCACAGAGCUACCCAGACAGUUCUAGAAGCACACUGCUGAGUGGCAGUGCCUUGCUGGACAGUGUUGGGGGCUCCAUGAGCACUGCUCCCAGACCUGCCCCGUUAGCGCUCCGCAGCCUGCAGCGUCACACACGGUGACUGUGGGGACGUCACAGAUACCAUCUCACACUGCCUCAUGCUCCUCCUGGUUUUGAUCUGUUUCCUUUCCUGUCUUUUUUUGCCUGAAAUCCAUCCAAACAAUUUGGCACUGAAGGCCAUACCUAGUCUGUUAAAACUCUUGUGUACAACAAAUUGUAGGGUUUUUUUUGAGUGGCCUGGGAGAGGGCUCCAACUAUGUUCACGCCUAGCCUGUGUUUUCACAGUGCAUACAGAUGGUGUGUGUGUGUGUACAAAUGUAUGCAACAGAUUUAUAUAUGGUGCUAAAGCCACCGCAAAGGGCAAUGUAACUUGUGGGCAGGGUUGGCAAGAGCAAAGGAAAAUCUUUUUGGUAGAUGUUAAAGCAAUGUGUAUAAAGUAAUAAACAGUUUUUCUCUG